CAUCUUCCUCUCUCCUUCCUUACCCUGCCUCUGUCUCCAUAUAUUUAUACCCUCAUUCCACACCCUCCACCCAUUUCUCCAAACUCAAUCCCAAUUACAAAACAACACCAUCAUGGAAGUGGUGGUGGCAGUUCCUCCUCCUCCUCCUCCUCCUCUUCCACCACCACCACCUUCUUCUUCCAUGGAUUUCAACUUCGAUAGCAGCUGCUCCUCCCCUUACAUCACCGCACCUUCUAGCCCUCAACGCUUUGCCAACUUCUUCUUCAGUGCCCCCACCAGCCCCACCAGAAGACACUCCUCUGCUUCCGCUCUCACAACAACUGAAGAUGAAUUUGAAUUCGACUUCGGUAGUCAUGUUCAAAGGCCUUCUCUUUCUGCAGACGAACUCUUUCUCGGCGGAAAGAUCAGACCUUUGAAACCCUCUUUACCUUCCUCCGUUACAACCUCAGACAAAAGCAAAAUCCCAUCCCAAAGAACAGAUAACAUGUCAUCAUCACUGUCACCGCUCUCGUCGCCGUCUUUAUCAGAACGUAGAAGAAUCAGAGAAAGGUCGUUGUCGUUUUCCACUUCUUCUGCCAUAUCAGUACGCAGAGAACCUGAAACCAACAGUGAUGACAUCGACGUUAAUUCGGUAUCUUCAACUGAAAAAAGUAUCAACAAGGCCUCGGAGACCGUUUCCCAUUCCUCGUUUUUGUCGUCGAUUUCUUUCGGGAAAGGGUACCGAAAGUGGCGGCUCAAGGAUUUUCUGCUGUUCCGAAGCGCUUCGGAGGGAAGGGCUUCCGACAAGGAUCCUCUUCGGAAGUACGCGGUUCUGUCGAAAACGACAGCGCAGGAGGAUGUGCGGAACCUGAGCUUCCGGUCCGCGGAGAGUUCCGGUUCGGUUUCGAGACGGAGAGGACCGGUUUCGGCUCACGAGUUGCAUUACACGGUGAACCGGGCCGCUUCUGUGGAGAUGAAGAAGAAAACAUUGUUGCCUUACAAACAGGGUUUGUUGGGGUGCUUGGGCUUCAACCCUGGGAUGCAUCACUUCAGUGCAAGAAUUGGAUCCUAAUAAUCGGUUAAUUAAGCCAGAUCACUAGUUUUAAUCUUGGUUAAUGUGUUGAUUAAAUUGUGAUUUCGGUGACCAUGUUUUGAAAAAUUGCAACCGAAUGGUAAUUUCAAUUUUCUUUUUGUACAUUCUCGAUUUGUUUUGGUUGGUUCUUUUCUGGGUUAUAUGUUAUACGUGUUUCGUUUCA